AUGAUGAGGAUAACUAUUCAUAGGAUACUUAUUCUCCUGUUAAGCUCUUUUGUUGCCUUGUGUAAAGAUGUCGAUGGCGUUUUCACAGCCAUCAGCUCGAUUCAGAAACUUUCAACAGUUUCAGUAGCGAAUAUGGGUGACGGUCCCCAAGGUUUCUAUGCUGUUGUGAUGGAAUGGGCAGUUGAUUCGACAAUGGCGCAGACAGGUGACUCCUUCUACUUGAGAAUGCCUUACGUCUCUCAGGUUAGAAUAUUGGAAGAUGACAUGCUCACUAACAGCUUUGAUAUCUUGUUGGAAGAUGGACAGACCUUUGCCUCCUGUGAAGUUGAUCAGGCUGGUCUUCGCUCUCUGGAAACUGUUAUUUCUUGUGAAAUGACAGUAGAUAUAAAUAGCUACGAGUCCCUGAGUGGUACGCUUUCCUUCACUAUUGUAUUUGAGGGUGGUCUGAGACUUGAGACGGCUGCAGCUUCAUCUCAUUGGGAAGUGGGUACCAACACGGUGACUUUCAAUGGCGAUCUCACUAAAGAGGUACAGUUUGAAGCAGCAAUUCCAGAUAUAAGCAUUGCUGUCGUCAGAAUUAAUAUGAGAGGUGACACGCUCUUUUACUUCACUCCUGAACCGUAUAUGUGCUCAGGAGGAGGAGCAAGCAAUGGAAGUUUACAAAUAAGGACUACUGAGUUGAAUUACCCAAUUAUUGAGGAAGACAUUCAACUUUACUAUACAAGAGGUUUGACGGAACUGGGAUAUCCAAAGGAUUUUCAAGCUCUUGAGAUCUCUUCUUCCGAACUGUCACCUAACAAAACUGUCCUAGACCUCACAUAUGGUGCUGUUCCAGCAGGUACUCGGAUCUGGGUCAGUGGUUUUCACACAAGUAUAGGAGGAAAUUACCCAUUGUACGCAAUGGUUUUCAGAGUUAACUUGGAAUGUACUAACCCAGAUGUUGAAGACUCUUCCAUUGGAUUGACUGUGAGUGUUUCUCCAAGAUCGGAUAGUCCCUCGGGAGAUGGAGGUGGAAGUCAAAGAAGGAGAACCACUACAAUCACUCAAAUUACAAAAGAUCCAAAGGAUAAGAAGAAGAAUCCAAAGAAACCGAAGAGACCAAAGACACCAAAGAGACCAAAAUCUCCAAAACCUCCAAAGAAACCAAAGAAACCUAAGCAACCUAAGAAACCAAAGAAACCUAAGAGCGACGAUGAAAAGGGCAGACCAAAGGAUAACGACAGACCAUCUCAUGACAGACCUUCCCGUCGCAGACCUUCCCAUCACCAUGGCGAUGACUUCCCUCAUCCAUUCAAGUUCAGACCAACUGACUUUGGUGGUCCCCAGUCACGUCCUCAAAAGCCAUCUAUGAGAGGUCAUUUUGACAGAGAACAUAGACGAGCAGAGUGGGCCAUUGAUAUCCCAGGAAAAGUUGGUCCGUGGAGAAGCAUUGACGUCAAUAUUAAAGAGGAUCAUUCUAGUAUAGGGAAAUGUGACUUCAAGAAUGCAUAUGUGUUCUUGAACGGUGUUCCAUACAAGAAGGCACACCUCUCUGUCUCUCGUCACAAGAUUGGCUGGAAAUCUUUUGAGCCAAUGAACAGUGAUGGUGUCUUCACUCUGUGCUUCAGUUGUGACGCUACAAGUGGUGACAAGUGGACUACACAUGCAGACAUCUCCGUCAAUCCUCUACAUCAUCGUAUGUGGAGAAGAGACCUACAUCAAUGGAACUUGGAGAUGACUGUUACUGAAGAUGACACUAACUCAGAAGCAAUCUUCAUUCGUGACACCACAAGUGAGGCUCUUUAUGAUGUCUGA